GAUGGCAAGUGAGAUGAUAUUAGGUUUUGUAAAACCUUUGCAACACCGCUACUUCCUUCCUGCAUUGACAGAAUGGCGACCGAAGAGGAGAGCGCCGUGAAGGAGCCUUUGGAUCUCAUCAGGCUCAGUCUUGACGAACGUAUCUAUGUCAAGCUUCGUUCUGAUCGCGAGCUUCGUGGCAAGCUCCAUGCUUAUGAUCAGCAUUUGAACAUGAUUCUUGGGGAUGUUGAAGAGAUAGUUACAACAAUCGAGAUUGAUGAUGAAACAUAUGAAGAGAUUGUUAGGAGCACAAGGCGCACUGUUCCCUUCCUUUUCGUUAGGGGAGAUGGUGUCAUUUUGGUUUCUCCUCCACUAAGAACAGCCUAAGCUAGAAGAAGAAUUGGAGAUUAUAUCUUGUAAUGAACAACAUGAUGUCACAUAUAUUGCUCUGGCAAGAUCGUUCUUUGACGGUUAGGUUCUCACCAUCUUCACAUUGUAAAAACCCUAUGUAAUAGAAUUACACGGUUUUCGUGUUUUGGUUUGAUCAUUAUGAAUCAACCAAGAAGCUUUUAUCUUUCUGUUCUACCUACAAUACAUGCUGAAUUGCUGAUGCCUUGC